UCCACUGCCCAAAGCCUGCCUGCUGCAGUCACCAGAGACUGGAACUCAUCCACUGCCCAAUACCUGCCCACCGCAGCCACCAAAGACUGGAACCCAUCCACUGCCCAAUGCCUGCCCACCGCAGCCACCAAAGACUGGAACCCAUCUACUGCCCAAUGCCUACUCACAGCCACCAACCAUGGAUACAUAGAUAGAUAGAGUUCCCUCCUUGCCAAAACAGGUGGAGCGCUAGCAAUCCACUCCACAAAAAAAUGAUAUAUAGUGCGCUCAGCAAAACACAGGCUUCCUGAUUCCACUCUCUGAUGUCUUUUUCAGCCAGGAAAAAGAAAACAGAAGAAGAAAAGUAACAAUACAACUGUGUGGAUGGAUUCUUACACAAAGAAGGUCAUUGUAACCCUGGCCUGUAUCCUUUCUGAAUGCUGUGUGUACACCAGCAUCACCUAACCUGCCAGAACCACUGAGCCAGUAUGAACGUUACUUGCCUAUUCUGGACUACAGACACCCACAAACAUGGGGAGAUGUUGUUAUAUUUGUUCAGGAGAUUCUCUCACACAAGCGUUGUUUAUUCUUGGCUUGGGUUCAGUCAGUAGACAGCGACACUAAUAAAGUCAUCCCAUCUAUCAGAGAUAUCGUUUUAUGGUGACCUUCCAGGGUGCCAAGUCACAUCGCAACCACUGAUAGGAGGAGAAGAUUCUCCCUGAUUCCACACAAAGUAUAAAAACCUGACACGGGAAUCCAGCAGGAGAACCUUCUCAGGACCUCAAGAUGUGGAUCAGACUUCUGUGUCUUCUCGGGCUCCUCUACCUGGGGGACGGUGUCACUGUCAAGGUCGGAAGUCACACUUUCUCUCUGGAGGCCGUGAAGCAGUACAAACAGAUGAUGGAGAAGAGUCACGUGGCGGCUGACCCAACUCACCAUACCGAACAGCAAAUGUGCGGGAACAAGGAGCUGCCGAGUGAAUUACAGGAAGUGUGCCACGGCACCGACACCAAUGAGAUCAUGAAGACAUUUGGAGAACUCGGUAGAAUCUCUGGCAGUAUGGACAAGUGUGAGGUCUGUGCCAUCGCGGCCUGCACUGGGUGUUGGUAGUGGAGGAGAUCUGGAUCUGCUAUGACCCUUCAAAACCCAGAUUGAUGCACCAUCCUAGUCUGCAGCUUCCAUCUAUCGAAUGAAGAAGAGAUUGUAUCAAAUCCAAUGGAGCCUCGAAUGAUAAAUAAAUUGAUUUCUAAUUAA